GGCUCUGCACGGGGCGCGCAGCGGGGCCAGCACAGAUGGAUUUAAUUCUAGUCCUUUGGGCUUGCGUGGCCUCUGCGAGAGCAGUUGUCGGAUUUGGAAUGGAUCCCAAUUUACAAAUUGAUAUUAUCACAGAACUGGAUCUUGUGAAUACAACUAUUGGAGUUACGCAAGUGUCAGGACUACAUGCUAGCAAAGCAUUUUUAUUCCAAGAUGUAGAAAGAGAAAUCCAUGCAGCGCCCCACGUGAGCGAGAAGUUAAUUCAACUCUUUCGGAAUAAAAGUGAGUUCACGUUUCUGGCCACCCUGCAACAGCGGGCAUCAACUUCUGGAGUUGUACUGUCCAUCCGAGAGUUGGAGCACAGCUACUUUGAACUGGAGAGCAGCGGCCUGAGGGACGAGAUUAGAUAUCAUUACAGAUUUAAUGGAAAAGCAAGAACAGAGGUGUUCCCGUACCGGAUGGCAGAUGGACAGUGGCAUAAGAUUGCACUGUCACUUAGCGCAUCCCAUCUUCUGCUUCAUGUUGAUUGCAACAGGAUUUAUGAACGUGUCAUAGAUCCUCCAGAAAUGAAUCUAACGCCAGGAAGCAGUUUAUGGCUGGGACAGCGGAACAGGAAACAUGGUUUUUUUAAGGGUAUCAUUCAAGAUGUGAAAGUCAUCUUUAUGCCCAAUGGAUAUAUAACACAGUGUCCUAAUCUGAAUCGCACAUGCCCAACCUGCAGUGAUUUCUUAAGUCUGGUGCAAGGAAUCAUGGAUUUACAAGAGCUCCUGGCAAAAAUGACUGCAAAACUAAAUUAUGCAGAAACGAGGCUUAGUCAAUUGGAAAACUGUCAUUGUGAGAAGACUUGUCAAGUAAAUGGAGUGAUCUAUCGAGACAAAGACUCAUGGGUAGAAGAUGAUCACUGCAGGAAUUGCACAUGCAAAAGUGGAGUAGUGGAGUGCCGAAGGAUGUCCUGUCCCCCUCUGAACUGUUCUCCUGACACCCUCCCAGUGCAUAUGGGAGGCCAGUGCUGCAAAGUAUGCAGGUCUAAGUGCAUCUUUGGAGGCAGAGUGUUAGCAGAAGGUCAGAGGGUUUUAACCAAGAGCUGCAGGGAAUGCCGAAAUGGAGUUUUAGUAAAAGUAACAGAGACCUGUCCUCCAUUGAACUGCUCAGAAAAAGAUCACAUUCUUCCAGAGAACCAGUGCUGCAGCGUUUGCAGAGGUCAUAACUUUUGUGCAGAAGGCCACAGAUGUGGUGAAAAUUCAGAGUGCAAAAAUUGGAACACAAAAGCUACUUGUGAAUGCAAGAAUGGUUAUAUCUCUAUCCAGGGGGAUGCUGCAUAUUGUGAAGAUAUUGAUGAGUGCGCUGCGAAGAUGCAUUAUUGUCAUGCCAAUACAGUGUGUGUUAACCUGCCUGGAUCAUAUCGUUGUGACUGUGUCCCCGGAUACAUCCGUGUGGAUGAUUUUUCAUGUACAGAGCAUGAUGAAUGUGGCAGCGGACAGCACAACUGUGAUGAGAAUGCAAUCUGUACUAACACUGUCAGGGGACAUAGCUGCACCUGCAAACCUGGAUAUGUGGGGAAUGGGACCAUCUGUCGAGCAUUCUGUGAAGACGGAUGCAGAUACGGUGGGACGUGUGUGACCCCUAACAAGUGUGCCUGCCCUUCUGGAUUCACAGGGAGUCAUUGUGAGAAAGAUAUUGAUGAGUGUGCAGAGGGGAUCAUUGAGUGUCACAACCAUUCACGCUGUGUUAACCUCCCAGGGUGGUACCACUGUGAGUGCAGAAGCGGUUUCCAUGACAAUGGAACCUACUCAUUUUCCGGGGAAUCCUGUAUUGAUAUUGAUGAAUGUGCCUUAAGGACCCACACCUGUUGGAACGAUUCAGCCUGUGUGAACUUGGAGGGAGGUUUUGACUGUCUGUGUCCCUCAGGACCGUCUUGCACUGGUGACUGUCCACACGAAGGUGGCUUGAAGCGGAAUGGUCAGGUGUGGACACUGAAGGAAGAUAGGUGCUCUGUCUGUUCCUGUAAGAAUGGGAAGAUAUUCUGCCGGCGAACAGCUUGUGAUUGUCAGAACCCCAGCGUUGAUCUCUUUUGCUGCCCAGAGUGUGACACACGAGUGACCAGUCAAUGUUUAGACCAAAAUGGUCAUAAGCUGUAUCGUAGUGGGGACAACUGGACCUACAGCUGUCAGCAGUGCCGUUGUCUGGAAGGGGAAGUGGAUUGUUGGCCUCUUUUAUGCCCAAAUCCAAACUGUGAGUACACAGCAAUCUCAGAAGGAGAGUGUUGCCCCCGCUGUGUCAGUGAUCCCUGUCUGGCUGAUCAGAUCACUUACGAUAUCAGAAAAACCUGUGUAGACGGCUAUGGAAUCACAAGACUCAGUGGCUCCAUAUGGACAAUGGCUGGAUCUCCGUGUACAACUUGCAAAUGCAAGAAUGGGAAUGUCUGCUGUUCUGUGGAUUUAGACUGUCUUCCCAAUAACUGA